AAUUAGACCCUAAAUCAGAAGCGCCAGAUUCUAAUGCCAAGGAAACUCCUAUAUCAAAAAAAUCAAAUGGUUUGGAUUCUGAGAGAUCUCCUGCAUCAAAUGCGCCAGAUUCGAAUGCCAAGGAGACUUCAGCAUCUAAAAUAUCAAAUGGUAAAUUCAUUUCUUAUCAUCCUAUAUCUUUCAAUAUUCAGUUAAAUGAUUUUCCUAAUAAAAAUUUGGUGGCGUUAGACUCGGAUCUCCCUACACCAAUUGAUUUGGAUCUCGAGAAAACUCCUACACUACCAAAUG